AGAGCGUAUACGCUGGGGCUCCCGAAGGGGCCUCUAGAGCGAUCAGGGGCGCGCAGGGCCGGGAGAGCGGCCCGGGGUUCCUGGUGUCGGUGCCGGAGGUCGGAAGCGGUGGGUCGCUGCUGUCCGAGGGAAGAGCGAUCUCGAGAGGAAGGAGCGCCUAGCCGCCGCCUCCCCAGCGCUCGCUCUCCCGGUCCCGAGGUUUGCAAACUGCUCCUCCCACCCGCGCCAGCCUCUUCACUCGCUCACUCGCUUCAACCGGUCUCCAAGCCCCGCCGUGCGCCCGAGCGAGUGCAGGGCAAGGGGCCCGGGGCCAGCCCGAGCCGGGCCAGGGGUCCGGGCAGCGCGCAGCCGGCCGGGGAGGGGCCAUGACCGGCGCGGGCGCAGCGGGGCCCGGCUGCAGCAAGUGACCGAGAAGCGUGGACGCCACUGUCUCCCCCCGCCACCUGGGGCGGCACGGGCCCCCGUGCCCGGAGCCCGGUGCCGGGGCCGCGCGGAGAGCCGGCGCGAUGCACGUGCGCUCGCUGCGCGCCGCGGCGCUCCCCAGCUUCGUGGCGCUCUGGGUGCCCCUGUUCCUGCUGCGCGCCGCCCUGGCCGACUUCAGCCUGGACAACGAGGUGCAUUCGAGCUUCAUCCACCGGCGCCUCCGCAGCCAGGAGCGGCGGGAGAUGCAGCGCGAGAUCCUCUCCAUCUUGGGCUUGCCCCACCGCCCGCGCCCCCACCUCCAGGGCAAACACAACUCGGCGCCCAUGUUCAUGUUGGACCUGUACAAUGCCAUGGCGGUGGAGGAGGGCGGUGGGCCCGAUGGCCAGGGCUUCUCAUACCCGUACAAGGCCGUCUUCAGCACUCAGGGCCCCCCUCUGGCCAGCCUGCAAGACAGCCACUUCCUCACCGACGCCGACAUGGUCAUGAGCUUCGUCAACCUCGUGGAACACGACAAGGAGUUCUUCCACCCACGCUACCACCACCGGGAGUUCCGGUUUGACCUUUCCAAGAUCCCAGAAGGAGAAGCCGUGACCGCAGCCGAGUUCCGGAUCUACAAGGAUUACAUUCGGGAACGCUUUGACAAUGAGACAUUCCGGAUCAGUGUUUAUCAAGUGUUACAGGAGCAUUUGGGCAGGGAGUCUGACCUGUUCUUGCUGGACAGCCGGACCCUCUGGGCCUCAGAGGAGGGCUGGCUGGUGUUCGACAUCACAGCCACCAGCAACCACUGGGUGGUCAACCCUCGACACAACCUGGGUCUACAGCUCUCAGUGGAGACUCUGGACGGGCAGAGCAUUAACCCCAAGUUGGCGGGUCUGAUCGGGCGGCAUGGGCCCCAGAACAAGCAGCCCUUCAUGGUAGCCUUCUUCAAGGCCACAGAGGUCCACCUACGGAGCAUCCGCUCAGCGGGGGGUAAGCAGCGCAGCCAGAACCGGUCCAAGACGCCCAAGAACCAGGAGGCCCUACGGAUGGCCAACGUGGCAGAAAACAGCAGCAGUGACCAGAGGCAGGCCUGUAAGAAACACGAGCUGUAUGUCAGCUUCCGAGACCUGGGCUGGCAGGACUGGAUCAUCGCCCCUGAAGGCUAUGCCGCCUACUACUGCGAGGGAGAGUGUGCCUUCCCGCUGAACUCCUACAUGAACGCCACCAACCACGCCAUUGUGCAGACACUGGUCCACUUUAUCAACCCAGAAACAGUACCCAAGCCCUGCUGUGCCCCAACCCAGCUCAACGCCAUCUCGGUUCUCUACUUUGAUGACAGCUCCAAUGUCAUCCUGAAAAAAUACAGAAACAUGGUUGUCCGGGCCUGUGGCUGCCACUAGCCCCUCCUAGGAGCUGGACCUUCUGGGGCCAUGUUAUUAUGGAUCCUGCAUUGC